UUUGCAAGUAUGUUAAUUUUUUCCACUCUAAGCGCAGAUUCCAAAAAUAAAUGACAGGAUAUCAGCAUCUGCAUUAUUUAUAUGGCAUCAAAAAAACAAAAAUUAAUUACAUUUUCAAGACAACCUAUAAUAAAAUUGAUUGCACUGCGUUUGCCACCGCUGCACUUCGCAUUGCUUUAAAAUCCAAAACUUUAGAAAUUCCCACUGAAGAAUUUCAGGGAAGCCACGAAUCUUCUAGUAUACAUGUUCCACUUGAAGAGGUGCAAAAGAAGGGAGAUGAGGAUAUUUUUCUUAAAAAUUCAUACUCUCAUGGUCAUCUCUUACAAGAUUGCAUCUAUGGUAAAAACCUUGCAAAAGGAAAGAGAACGCAUGCGAACAUGAUUAAAACUUGUUUCGAAGCGGACCAUUUUCUGAGCACGAGGCUAGUCAUUUUUUAUGCUAAGUGUGGUAGUUUAGAAGAUGCACGCCAAGUGUUUGACAAUUUGUCAAAACCAAGUUUAAUGUCGUGGAACACAUUGCUUACAGAAUACUCUCGGCAGGGCUGUGAGGAGGAAACAUUAAGACUUUUUAGACUACUGGGAGGAGUGGAUGGGUGGGCAGAUGACUUUUCUUUUGUUAGUGUUUUGAAGGCUUGUUCUGGUUUGAGGGAGAUUCGAUUUGGGAAGCAAGUUCAUGGUCACAUUGUGAGAAGUGGGCUUGUGUCAAACUCUAUUCUGAUGACAACCCUUGGUGACUUUUAUGCCAAAUGCUCGUGUUUGGAUGAUGCAUGCCAAGUGUUUGAUGAAAUUUCUGUCAGAGAUGUAGUUUCAUGGACUGCUAUAAUUUCAGGAUAUAUGUGGCAAGGUAAUUGUGAAAAAGCAUUGGCUUGUUUUAGCGAAAUGCUGCAGGCUGGCAUAAAACCAAAUACACCCGCCUUUCGCAGUGUAUUUAAGGCAUGUGCUGGUUUGAAAGCCCUGGAGCAGGGCAAGCAGAUUCAUGCCCAGAUGGUGAUAAAUGGAUUAAAUUUGCAUGUGACCUUGGGAAAUGGCCUUGCUGACAUGUAUGCGAAAUGUGGAUGUUUAGAAAAUGCACUCCUUGUGUAUGAGAAGAUGCCUGAAAGGGAUGUGGUCUCAUUUAAUACAAUGAUUUCAGCGUAUACUCUACAAGGGCAUGGUGAGGAAGCAAUUAAGUUAUUUUCUCAAAUGCAACAGACAGGAAUCAGGACAGAUGAGUUCACACUUGCCGGUGCUCUUGGUGCAUGUGCUAAUCUGGCAUCCAUGCAACAAGGAAAGCAGGUCCAUGCCUGCAUAGUUAAAAAAGGAUUUGAGUCGGAUGUUGUAUUAAAGUGCACCCUUGUUGAUACAUAUGCAAAAUGCGGUAGCAUAGACGAAGCCCGACAGGUAUUUGAUUUAGUUCGCCAAAAAGAUGUUGUAUUAUGGACUGUAAUUGUCACUGCAUAUGCGAAACAUGGGUUUGGAGAAGAAGUUAUUGGACUCUUUGAAGAAAUGAAGCGAUUAGGGAUGAAACCUGAUCAUGUCACCUUCUUGGCUGUUAUGACUGCUUGCAGCCAUGCAGGCUUAGUCGAUGAAGGUUGGCACUAUUUUCAUUCUAUGACUCAAGACCAUUGUAUUGUGCCAAGGGCAGGUCAUUAUUCCUGUAUGGUUGACCUCCUUUGCCGCAGUGGGUGUUUGAAUGAGGCACAUGAUUUCAUCCAAAAGAUGCCAAUUAAACCUACUGUUACUGUUUGGGGAGCUUUACUGCGAGCCUGCCAAGACCAUGGCAAUACGGAACUAGGAAAACUUGCAGCAGAACACCUGUUUGAGUUGGAUCCACAAAAUAUUGGGUGUUAUGUGGUAUUGUCAAAUAUUUAUGCCAAUGUUGGCAAGUGGGGGGAUAUAGUUAAUAUGAGGAGAACAAUGAAAGAUAUAGGUACAAAAAAGGAACCUGGAUGCAGCUGGAUUGAGGUCAAGAAUAGUGUGCAUGUAUUUUCUGCAGGAGGUAGUUCACAUUCACAAAUAGAGGAGAUCUAUGCCAUGUUGCAGAAGUUAGCCGGGCAAAUGAAAGAAGCUGGCUAUGUUCCAAACACAAAGAUGAAACUGAGUGACGUGGAGGAACAAUAGAAUCGCAUACAAUCCUACACCUGGAAGAUGCUGGCACUUGAGGUUGUUACUAGCAUACAUCCAUUUAAAAUACCCGAAUGGUCAAGAAACAUCAUUGGCUUGUGAUGUCCAGCAGGGCCGCCCCCACCAAAAAUAAUGUUCUUUUUCAUGAAGGCAUGCAAUCAUAUUGAUGUAUUUCCUUUACUUACAUAAUUCAUGGUUGAUCUCUGUCCUCUAUGUAGCUGGGAAUCCCAUGCGUUAGAGGAAGACAUCAUGACAAUUGUUUACAUUUCCAGUUUUGGUAUGUCGGAAAUGUUAAGGAUUUGAGUUGAUUCUACCAUUGCAAUGGCAUAUAGAACCUUUCGGGGAUUCAUUACUGAUAUUCACUCAUAUUUAUAUUAAUAUGAAUGAGGAAUGGAAAGGAAGUGAUUCAGGGCUUCA